ACUUAUCAUCAUUUCAACUGAAGAUUUUCAAGAUGAAGCACAGUCUUGGUCUUGCAUUUUUGCUUCUUAACUUUGCUUGUGCUUAUAACCUUUCAAUACUCACGGACGAUAGUGGACGAAAUAUCACCGACUUGGACAUGAAAAACAUUGAUACCAAAAAUGCAGACGUGGUCAGGCAACUUUUGAAUCAGGAGACACUUAUUAGAAUGGCAUUAGUGAAGAAUGUACACAUACUGAUGAAGGAUAUGGUGGACCUUAAGGAAAAACUAGAGUCGAUGGGAUCCUUGCAACAAAGUACUGAAAUAAAAGUAGCCGCUUUACAAAAAGAAGUGAACGAUCUAAAAAGUGAAAACCAAAAACUAAGUCUUAAAAGUAGAAAAUUCGAGGAAAAUUUCAGUAUCAUCGAGGGAAACUUUACGCAAAUUAAUGAACAGUUUGAGAAUUUUGCAAAAGAAUUUGAGGAAAAAAGGGAAGCGUUUGAAACAAACACAAGUACGAUUCUUGGUGAUUUGAAAAUUGAAGUUCGAUAUCUCUCAGUCACACUUCUAGAUCUUAAUGAACAUACACUGGAAAGAGACAAAAGUAUUCCUGCUAUGAUGGUAGAGAAAUGUAACGCCUUGUCGGCAAUGUUUAAUGCUUCCCUGGAUACCUUGAACAGUGAUUUAUCAGACACAAGUACUAAGCUGUCGAAGUCAGUGUCAAAUCUGGAAAUUUCCCAGAAUGCAAUCAUGGCAUCGGUGUUUGGUGAUAUCAAUACAACCCUAGGCGACUUAAAGACCGAAAUGAAGCAAUCUCAGAAUGACCAAUUGAAGCUGUCUGCUACUGUGUCCUCUCUUGAGGUGUUCCGAAUGAAUGUUACUAAUAAUCAUUGCGAUUUGGGAAAGAAAGUGGCUUUCACCGCUGGAGUAACGUCUGGUUCAUCAUCCUGGAGCAGUGGCACACUGGUUUUCAAUAAAGUCAUUAACAACGUGGGAGGUGGGUAUAAUCCCAAUACAGGGAUAUUUACUGCACCCCUCAAUGGAGACUAUGUCUUCUACGUCAGUAUCCAAAGUUACGGAAACGACAAUAGUGAUUUACAUGUGGACAUAGUCUUCAAUGGAUCUAUCAAGGUUCGAGCCCUGGCGUAUAGUUAUAAUUCAAAUGACCUUUAUGAAACAGGGACAAACAUGGUAUCACUGAGACUACAGCAGGGAGACACGGUGUGGGUAAAGCAUCACUCCGGUAAAGGUUAUUACACUCACAGUGACGCUCCUAUCACAACGUUCUCGGGAUUCCUGAUCUAAAG